AUGAUUGAAUUUUUAUUUUUGGAAUGUUUAAAAGCAAAGGAAAUUUAUGAACGAAUUUUGAAAGUGUAUAAGGACUCUUCGUCUUCAAUCAGACGUCCAAAAACAGCAACAACACCGGAAAUCGUAGAAAAAAUACAGGAUAUCAUAUUUGAAAAUCAUCGAGUGACUGAAAGAUAUUUAGUAGAAGCCUUAGGCAUCUCAUUGGGCAGUGUAAGCAAUAUUUUGACUGAAGUAUUGGUUUUUAAAAAGCUGUGGGCACAAUGGGUGCCGUAUUCGCUAACAAUGGAAAUAAAACACAUUCGAAUGCGACUUUCUCAGCAACACUUAGAGCGUUUUCGAAAGGAUAAAGUGGAUUUUAUGCGUCGAUUCAUCACUAUGGAUAAGACUUGGGUCUAUCACCAUGAUCCUGAAUCAAAACAAGAGGCUAAAGAGUGGUGUAAACCUGGUUCUUCGGCUCCGAAACGAAUUCGUGUCCAGAAAUCGGCGAAGGUGUUACCAUCAGUUUUUUAG